AUGGAAUAUAAUAAUUCAAAAGAAAAAGAAGUAGUUGUUGAUAUCGACUGUGGUGGUGCAAGUGGUGGAGCUGAUACGAGAACUGGUCCCAAUUCGGGAAGAAAACGAAGGAAGAAAUUGUUGAACAAGCUUACUAGUGGAGUUUUGGGCUUAAACGGAUCAACUAAGGAUGAGGCUAGCAGCAAUCCUGGAGGGUUGGUUAAGGAUUUUCAUGAAGCUGUAGAAUUGUUGAUAGACAAGGGCCCUGAUGAUCGACAGAGUCACGAGCUUUUGCCUCUUAUGGAGAAGAAGCAUGAGAAAGAGAGACGGAAAACUGGAAAGUCUAAGGAGGUGGCUGCCAAGCCUCCAAGACCUCCUAAAGGUCCAUCCUUGGAUGCUGCUGAUAUGAAGUUCGUUAGAGAGAUUUCUGAGCAUGCCACUAAGAAGCGUGAGAGAAUUGAACAGAUGAAAGCGUUAAAGAAGAUGAAAGCAGCCAAAAAAUCAUCACCAUCAUCCACCACCACCAUAUCUGCUAUGAUCGUCACAAUCCUCUUUUUCCUAGUGAUAAUCUUUCAAGGACUUAGUUCCAAAAGGAGUUUAACAGAGACAUCGCUGGGGGCUCCCGAGCCAGCAAUAGAGACAGAAAGUUUGAUUUCUAUCGAGUUCUACAAAUCUGGAGAACAGGUCUCUCCAGGAUGA